CGGACACCUACCGCGCCGUCGAGCUCGGUGACCGCAGCCAGCAUGCGCCUGUGAUUCUCUUCUCGUCUGGGACGACGGGGAUGCCAAAGGCCGUGAUGCUGCGAGACAGCAGUCUCACGUUGACUUUGGCGAACACAUCAAAGGGGGAUGGAAUACAGUAUUCCGGACAAACCAAGCGUCGGGAAACGAGAGGUGAAGAGUGCCGGUCGGUCGAAACUCUGUCUUAAAUGGCUUCUCGACCUGCUCCCCUGCAAUGGCAAUGGCGUCCGGAGGUAACGGUCCGAAUUUCAAUUUCAAGCUUAAGAGUAUCGUUCAAAAUAAUUUAGCUGAGUUAUUACAGAGGCGAAAUAAUCGAAAACUAGUGGCGUCGCCAACUUGCGCGACAGAUCAGUUGAACAGCAGAGCAAAUGCACAGAUGCAAAAGGUAUGACACAGGUCGGACCAGCACAAUCUUCGUCUCUCGUUUACAGCGCUUACAUUGGUUCCAGGUUCCAGCCCCCAAUUCCCCAGAGCGGCAAGCAAAAGGCUUUCGAGACGAUGUCAUUCAUUGAUUGUGUUACUCAUCAUCAGGAUAUGUUCGGGUGCCUUGUAAGGGUUGACCUGACGAUAUAAAGUGUUCGCUCCCCACAAUGUGCCUGGGGCUCCUCUCUCCACCAAGACAAUGCUCACGCCCAGGAUCGGCUCAGCGAGUGCUGGCAGCAGUGUUGACGAAGGUAAGGCCUCGGACGCCAUGCUUUUACUGACGUCCCCGCUGUGUUGGUUCUCGGGCGUUAUGAACCUUUUCUGGAGCCUGCAGACAGGCAGCACGAGGGUGUUCAUUACACACUCCGACGACCUCGCCGUCCUGUCCGCCAUCGACAAAUAUAAGAUCACUAUCUGGGUGACGGCUCCCCCAAUGCUUUUCACCGGCACAGCAUUCUACAAAAGCAAAAGCAAUCCUGGUUACAGGCUUGACUCGCUUGCGACAAUUUUUGUUGGCGGGUCUGGUUUAAACGCCCAGUUAGAGGAAAGCAUCGAACAGGAUGUAGACUGCAGAAUUGUUCAAGCGUACGCCAGCACUGAAACCGGUUUUAUUUGCUCCCGCUCCCGGCUCAAGUCUUCGGCAUCCCCACAUGGGGUGUUAGGCACUCUUUCGCCCGGCGUGGAGUUCAGGCUGGUGGACGUCGACACGGGUGAGGACAUUCCUACGGACGUGAAAAACGCUGUGGGUGAAGCACGGAUCCGCUCAAAAUACGUCAUGCUGCGCUAUUGCAACAACCCAGAGGAAACCAAAAGGGCCUUUGACGAGCACGGAUUCUACAAGACGGGUGACCUUUUGUACGAAAACGACGAGGGCUCUUAUGUCUUUGUUGACCGCAUGAAGGAAGUGAUCAAGUACAAAAACAACCCGAUUUCGCCAGCUGAAUUAGAGAUGGUGCUCUUGCAGCACUCUGGCGUAAAAGAGGCGUGCGUCCUAGGGCGUGCGUGCACAGCUUCCGGUGAAUUGCCGACGGCGUUCGUGUCCCGGGCAGACAACGCGGCUGGGGCCUCCCUGACCGAGGACGAGCUGCGAGCCAUGGUCGCUGAAAAACUCGCUGACUAUAAGCGUCUGCGGGGUGGAGUCAUCUUCCUCGAUCAGUUGCCACGGACAGUGAGUGGCAAGACUGACCGCCGUAACCUUAAAGAAAUGCUACAGAAAAUAAAAGAGUAAAUAUGCAAAUGAAUAAAUAAAUAAACGAGGGGGCGAUGUAA